CCUCCGGAAUGGGCACCCGCUGACGAGCCUUCGCGUGAUUUUGGUCUAUUUUACGACGCACCGAAACACGAGUACGAAGCAGCUGAGGAUUUCUGCGAUACCCAUCCUCCUAAUCCUCCGCGUUUCCUACCCUCAGCAGACGUCGAUCGAAUUCGUGAGGAGGGGUGUAAAGCGUGGACGCUCGUCCCGCCUUCGUUAUCUCGAUUUAAGGGUAGUAUAAGGGAAGUGAGGAGUAAUAGGAAGGGGCAGCCGAAGGUGAUUGAGCUGCAUACGGAGGCUGGAUGUGGAGAUUCGUGUGUUAUGAGUAACUAUCCGAUUAUGGCUGGGUUGUAUGAUAUCCAAGGGAAGGAGGGUAUUUAUUAUGAGGUUACAAUUCUGCAAAUGGAGGGACUCGUCGCCAUCGGUACCGCCUGUCUUCCCUACCCCGAGUACCGUUUCCCCGGCUGGAACCGCCUAAGCGCAGGCCUCCAUCUCGAUGACUUUCAAAAAUUCUUCGAAGACCCAAACGGUGGACGUCCAUACGACCCUCGGCUCACAUCCAUCUCACCGGGUGACACCAUCGGAUGCGGAUAUAUCUUCAGCACAGGUACAAUAUUCUUCACCUACAACGGUGAAAGACUAGCAGAUGCAUUUCGCGGGGUGUAUUUACCGCGGACUGCACACGACGUGUAUGCUGCGAUAGGUGUCGGUGGACCCGGGCCGAGUCGCCUGAGGGUUAAUUUUGGUGGAGACGAUGAAGAGCAUCUAUUUCGGUGGCUGCCUGGGAGAGAAUGGAGUUGGUUGGUGGACGGACAUGUUGGGAGACUCGCAGGGAGUGCUGCGGACGAAGAUGAACUGCCCAGUUAUUCG